UGCAUGCAGCCAAGACAGGCCUGGGGAAGGCUGAACCAUGGAGCGUCUCUGCUCCCCACUGGCCCUAGCACUGCUGGCGAUGACCCUGCUGGAGGGUGCUCAAGGGAGUUGGAAACAGGCAGGGUGCGGCCAGCCCAGGAUCUCCGGCCGGAUUGUGGGGGGUGGGGACGCCCCAAGGGGCCGGUGGCCGUGGCAGGUCAGCAUUCAGCACAAUGGACACCACUUCUGUGGUGGGUCCCUCGUCUCAGCCCAGUGGGUUGUGUCAGCAGCUCACUGCUUCCAAUUAUCUGACCUUGUCUCUUCCUAUCGUGUGAACCUGGGGGAGUACCAGCUCUCCUAUCCCUCCCGGUGCCGGAUCUCAUCCCCCGUGAGCCAGAUCUUUGUCCAUCCCAACUACAGCAGCACGUGGAAGUCUGCCGACAUCGCCCUACUGCAGCUGACAGAGCCAGUGCGAUACACCAAUGAAAUUCUCCCCGUCUGCUUGCCAGGCCCCUCCGACUCCUUCCCUGACAACCACAUGUGCUGGGUCACUGGUUGGGGAAGAAUAGACUCUGAGGUCUCUCUUCCACCCCCUAAGACACUGCAGGAGGUUCAGGUCCAGCUGAUCGACACUGCAGCCUGCAACACUCUCUACAACAUCAACCCAGCCCCGAACAUCGGCAGGGAUCGCGUCAAACCUGAUAUGAUCUGUGCCGGCUACGCUGAAGGGCAGAGGGACUCCUGCCAGGGUGAUUCUGGGGGGCCGCUGGCAUGUGACCACAAUGGGACCUGGUUCCUGAUGGGCAUCGUGAGUUGGGGGGAAGGCUGUGGCCAGCCCAAUCAUCCUGGUGUCUAUGUCCGGACGGUGGCCUAUGGCGAAUGGAUAUGGGAGCACAUUGGCUCCGGAAGCCAAGCCAGCACCAUGGGGAACUGCACCUCAGGGACAAAUGAUGCCAAACCCUCUUUCAGCAGCUUCAUGCUUCUCUUCAUCACCUCUCCCCUGAUGUCACUGUGACCCCCCCCUUCCAUUGGGAUGCCCCCCAUCUCUUCCUCCUCUGUUCACCCACUAGUGAAACUUUGCACUGUCUGGGGGCAGCUUGAGAUGCAGAUAGGAGAGUAACCUGAGAGUUACCAGCAACGCCCACAUGCCUGAGUCUGCAGCCAGCCUGAGCCAAUUGCUGUGAGAAGGGGGAGCUGCCCUGAGUGUGACUGACGCUGUUUCAGGUGGGAUCUCUCAGGGAUCUGUUUAUGGCCCUAUGCUAAGAAUAUAAGAACUUAAGAAUGGCCAUACUGGGUCAGGCCAGUGGUCCAUCUAGCCUAGUUUCCUGUCUUCCAACAGUGGCCAAUUCCUGGUGCUUCAGGGGGAAUGAACAGAACAGGGCAAUUAUUGAUUUAUCCAUCCCCUGUCGUCCACUCCCAGCAUGUGGCAGUCAGGGGCUUAGGGGCUGCACCCCUGACCACCUUGGCUUAUAGCUAUUGUUGGACCAGUUCUCCAUUAAUUUAUCUAAUUCUUUUUGAACUCAGUUAUACUUUUGUCAUUCGCAACAUUUCCUGGGAAUGAGUUCCACCUGUUGACUGUGUGUUGUGUGAAGAAAUCCUUCCUUUUGUUUGUGUUAAACUUGCUGCCCAUUAACUUCA